AUGCUGAAUCUUCAAUACCAUUACGAUUGGCUGAAAAGGGACUGGUUCAUGAACAUGACCGUGUACGGGCUGGUACAGAAGCUCGUGGCGUUACUCGGCUUCCUGUGCAUUUUCUUCAACAUUCUAUUGCCGGUAUUGGCCUUCUUCAUGCGUUUGCUGUUCGUGGAUGUGCCCCAUGAGUGGCGGGUAUUGUUGCUGCGUCGCGCGCAACAGCACGAACUGCAGCGUCUUCAACGGCGUGUCGAUGUGUUGACUCGUAGAAAAGAAGCGGAGGAGCAGGAAACUUGGCAACUUGGAAGGGCUACAACAAACUGUGGCUUUGGUCUACUGUACGUAAACAUUCCGGUUGCAACCUGUCGGGAACGGAAUGCCGAUCGAAGCGAUGGUGCACGAGUUCCUCAUGAAGUUUUUGAAAGGAUGGUAACAACUCUUGAGGCCGCCACUGGUCAUCAAAUCUCGUGGGAAGUGAACACUUGGGAGGUAAACGAAAUGGAUAAUGCUUUCAUCAAUGCCAGAAAGGUAAUGGACGCAUUAGUUCAGCAAGCAUACCACGAGCUAAAAGACCGUCGUCUGGUGCAAACGGAUGCGAAGAAGAAAUUAGACCGGCAGCACCGCGAUCAACAAGCAACGCAGCAAAAUGUGCUUCAUCUUGUUGACUUGCAGCUGCGUCGAUGGAUAGCAACUCGACUUCAUGAUGAGAAAACCCCAACGCCAGAGGUAUCAAAGUUGCAAUUAGCAUAUCAAUUGAAUCAGCGCAGGAAAAGCUAUCUUGCCUCCCUGAAGCAUUCGUAUAGCAAUGUUGCCGAUCGCAGUCGUGAACAACGAAAGUCUGUCAACGAGGUGGAUCUGCUUGUUAAUGAAUUUAAGCAUUGGGUUAAUAAUAUUCAUGAAUAUUACGUUAAUUGGCAACAUUCAGAAGCAUCUGCAUUUGGGCGAUGA